AAAAAAUGGGAGUUGUUCUAAAGGUUAUAAUGCCAGCUACACUAGCUGUGACGAUGAUCUGCUCACUGACUGCAGCCCUUUCCCUGGAGAGAGACCCAAGCAAUACUAGUGGUGAUGGAGAAACCCACACCUGUCCACAAGUGGAGCUCCUGAGAGGAAGAGACGGCAGAGACGGGAGAGAUGGUGUGAGGGGAGAGCCAGGAGCUCAGGGACCAAAGGGAGACAGAGGUCUGCCUGGUCUUCCAGGAGAAACAGGCUUCACAUGGUCCUGAGGGUCAGAACGACAGCGAUGGUGGGAAGGGAGAGAGAGGAGCAAAGGGAGACAGAGGAGACGCCGGAUUGCCAGGAGACAUGGGAGAGAGGGGACUGCCAGGUUUUCGGGGACCUCCCGGAAUAUCUGGUCCCCAGGGGCCAGUGGGAGACAAGGGCAGUCGCGGUUCCCCUGGUCUUGCUGGUCCUCAAGGAGUACCUGGUCUACAUGGUCCAGCAACAGGAGGAGGAACAGUCUACACUCGCUGGGGGAGGACCUCCUGUCCCUCUGACCAGGGAACAACACUAGUCUACUCUGGAAGAGCUGGGGGGUCUAACUACAAC